ACGCCAGUAUAAUUCCGCUCGUGUACACGCGUGUUUUAUCACCGAUUCAUGCGAUUUUUCCGCGCAAUGACUAACAUCGUAUAAUAUCCAAGCAGGUCUUCUUUACGUACUGCUUUUCUUCCGUUUCGAGUCUGGCGAUCGCGCUGGAAUCACGGAUUCACGUCGACGUUUGUUUUAGCGUAACGCUAAACAGGAAGGCAUUCACCGGGCUUAGCAUUUUACACUGAAUGAAACCGAGAGUGGAACACAUAUCCGCUUAAUGUCCACCGAUAACGGCCGCGAGCGAACGAGCGAGCGAGUCACGACGGCAUAAAUAUUCCGCCUUUGAGAAAUACGCGCUGAAAAUCGCGGAUAAAACCAGUUUCGUCCGCCGCGGACGGAACUCUACCGUUAAUGCAACGCAGCAAGUGUGUCAUGAGACAACAUUGUUCGAUCAAUUCCGAAAUUACACGCCGCAGUCGUAACGGGCUGACGGUUACGCUCCAAAUAGCAAAGGCGGGUCGCGUUACGUCGAGGCGUUCCACGCCUCGCGGCCUUUUUAGAAGGUAACUUUGUUGUAAACAAAUCUCACACGUUCCGGUGAUAUAUGCGUGUCGGAUGUGUGACAAGCGAGAGUUCAAAUAACGAAGAAGAUAGACCGAGUCGGUCUCACGUCUCGUGAUACAGAUAUAGCUGCCGCGACCGUUAUGAACAAACGAACGUAUCUCUCUGUCUUUCGUUAAUUCGAGUUGUCCGAUCAGUCCUUCUUCCGAGAGACUCCGGAGAUAUUCGUCGAAUUACCCUUUAUAAGAUCGUAAAAAAAGACACUCUAUGGUCGGAGAAUAAGAGAAAGCGAUUACUUUGGGACAGAAGGCUGAUUCGACGAAUUCCUCCGCAUCCAUUGGCGGGCCCAGGCACCGAGGACCCGUGGAAUUGGGUCCUGGGGGCUUGAUAUUCCUCGCCUUAUGCUGACUCAGGGAAAUUAUGCGAGUAUCGUCGAGCGAAAUUUCCGAGAGGAUUCGCUGCGCCAACCUUGCUUCAAACGUAAAAGUCGCGAAGGAGUUUAAGGUCACUUAACACGACUGUCAUUGCGUUCGUGUCCAUGUAAAGUUGAUCCGUGUAACGUGUCAAUUUACCCGUGUAUUACGAAUGAAGCAACGAAGGAAUCCGACGAACUCACUAGAAAUCGGUCUAAGCUGACCGAUUACCUGAAAAUAUCAGUCGAGAUAAUCUAUCUACCUGCCGUAGAACUGUACCUCACGGCUUCGCGUUGGUUAUCUCGAGUACAGUGCAUCCUUAAGGACUGACUAAUGUAUCUUUAGAAAAGGUUGCUCAAUCUGUGUUCCCUCCAAUUCGUCGGGCCAGACCGCAUUUCUUUAAUGAACUCCUCAGUCUCUGCUCUCAGUCAACCAUCGUCCUCCGUAGGUAAAAGGUGCCUUCUUAAGUACCACUCGUGACCCCUACUAGGGACCCACUUAAAACAAAAAAGGAGGUAACGUCAGUGAGUGACGACGUCACGAUGCGCAUGUCGCCGCUACCGAGUCUAGUGCUCGUGGCAGCAGUCGCGCUGCUAGCAAUUGCGAAUGCUAACACAGAGACUCUCCUACGCAUCGACUCGAACACGACCGUACCGUCGUCAUCGUCGUCAUUGUCGUCGUCGUUGAAUCACAUCACGAAGCGCGACCAGGUGAUCGCCGGAAUAGAGGCCAGUCUGCUCACCUUCCUGGGCCUUUCCAAGAGACCCAAGCCACAAGGAUCGACUUAUAUACCGGAAUCACUCAGGAAGCUGUACAACAUUCAGAACAGCAUCGGCACCGCGGACAUCGCGAAGCCGGGCAUUCACGCGCGAUCGGCCAACGUCGUUCGCUCGUUUUACCAUGUCGAGAGUAAGGUGGAUCAGAAGUUCCAGUCGCCGAACCAAUUUCGGCUCGCUUUCGACCUCAGCAAAGUGCCCGACGAGGAAACCCUACAGGCGUCCGAGCUGAUCCUGUCGCGCGUCUCAAUGUCUGAUAUCGAGAACAAACAUAAACCCGGUCGCGUGCUUGUAUACGACAUAGUGCGGCCCGGUGUAAAGGGUCAACGGCAGCCGAUACUGCGGCUGAUCGACAGCAAGGUGAUCGAUCUGACGAAGAACGCGACGGUGAGCCUGGACGUGCACCCAGCGGUGGUGAGAUGGAUGCAGAACCACCGCGACAAUUACGGUUUGCUGGUGCACGUGACCGGACCGCAUGUUCGUAAACGGGAGCAUGUGCGAUUGAAGCGCGCCGUGGAUGAGCAUGAGGACGCGUGGUCGAUGAACCAGCCGAUGCUGUUCGCUUACAUGGACGAUGGCCGCUAUGAGAUGGCGUCCGCGCAUCAGAUAAUGGACCGACGGGCCAGACGUGCCGCAUUGCGGAAGAAUCGGCGGAAGGACGGCCGCGAGAAUUGCCGGCGACAUCCGCUCUACGUGGACUUCGCGGACGUCGGCUGGAACGACUGGAUCGUCGCGCCGCCCGGAUACGACGCCUUCUACUGCCACGGUGAUUGCCCAUUUCCUCUGGCGGACCAUCUGAACUCAACGAAUCACGCGAUCGUUCAGACACUCGUUUACUCGACCAAGCCGACUAUGGUGCCAAAGGCUUGUUGCGUACCAACCGCGCUCAGCUCGAUAUCUAUGCUUUACUUGGACGAGGAGAACAAGGUGGUGCUGAAGAACUACCAGGACAUGGCAGUUCUUGGGUGCGGUUGCCGCUAGGGGAUCUAUUUCUUCUUUCCGACGUCUCCGUGAUGCCUCUUGGAUACCUUGGCGACACGCUCGAGAGUGUCGCUUGUUGCUCGUCGUUCAGCUCGAAAGAGAAAUGCGCUCGAUGACACGGCGACGCAGCACGCACAAAGGAUGAAGAAUAAGAAGUACGAGGAAGUACGACGAGAUAUUUUUCCGCGCGCUCGCGGAUUCCCGCGUACUCUCGGACAUGUCUCUGUCGUCGCUAUUUUUGUUGUGGAUGUAUCAAAUAAAAGAGAAACAGAGUAUAUAUAAAGAAAGUGUAUGUCGUUUAUACUUAAAAAAAGAUAGAUGAAGAUAUAGUGAAACAAAAUUAUCCACCACAGCGAGAGCAGCGACGAAUGUCAAAGUAAUUUCUUAGUAAAAGCGAUAAUCAGAUAGAUGUAAUUGCGGACGGCACGUCUUGCGAUUCCGAUGGCACUCUGGCGCAAUCUUAAAUUUCCCUAGAAAUUUAUUGGCACGUCAAGAUUCUUCGAUCAGUUUUCGAUUCCAACUAUAGAUGUUAUGGUUAUUGAUACGUAGGUCGCGGUGUAAUCAGUAGGACCUGCUCGAGAUGACGAGAUUAACUUCAACGAAAAUGAACGAAAAAGUCUAAUAAUGCGAGACUUUGUUAACCUCUUCUAAUCGUCAUCUCGAGUUGAAAAUUGCAGCCCGCGACAUAAUUAGAAGCAGCUUCUGCCGUAGAUUAUCGUCCGAGCCGAUUGAGAACGCGAUGAUAAGAGCAGUAGCUUACGGUUGGAUCCAAUUGAGAAAAUGACGGUGGGAUUAACUCCUAUCUAAUGAAUAGACGACGAUCGGCAGGUCUAAUUUUGCGAAUUAAUGUCCGCCCAGUUUACCUCCGCAAAAUGUACAUCAUUCAAAUCUCUUUGUGACGCGGAAGACAAGCACGAUAUGACAGGAGAGGAUGAAGGAGGAGAGUGUAUGUCACGCUACUACAUUCCUCACACUCUUCUUUCACCAGUGAUUCUCAUAUUUCCAUACGGAAAUGUUCACGUCUACGCGAAGACGACACUCUGGCACUCCUCGUCCUCUUCGAGCACUCGAAAUGACUCUACUUCGCUUGAAAAGAAAAGGAACGCUCGACGGCGUCGUUUGCGUUCGCAAGGAUUCAAGCUGCGUGUCGAGUCUGUGACUUUGAAGAAAAGUACGACAAAAACGGUCGAUUAAUUUUAUCAUAAUGUAUCCUCUCUAACAAGGCGAGUUGCGUCCAGCGAUGAAUGAUACUAUAUAGUGUUGACGCAAUUUAACUUCUUUCUAUUUUUGUUUCUCUCUUCUCUUUUUUUUAUAUGCUCGCGUAUUUCCGAAUCCACACUUAGGCGCGUUAUAGAGAUUUUUCGAUUUAAGUUUUUUCGUGAAAAGGGAGAUGAUAAGCGGCGUGGGUAACAACGCGAUAGAUAGUAGAGAACAAGAACACACGAAGUGAUUUCGAUUUUGGCGGAGAUUGCGCAUCACUGGUAACUACAUUGCGAGAGAGACACACACACAGACACUGUAACACACUUCGGCGAGUAAGCAUCGAGAUCACAUGUCGGAAAUGCAUAAUUGACUAAUAGUAACGUGUAAUUUCGACGAUAUAGAAAUGCCUUUUCUACGCGCUCGCUGGUGCGCGCACGCAGUAAGCUAUCACCAAUGCGGCAAUGUCGAUUAUUCCGUAUCGAUAAUGGCGUUCGUCGUGUAAAUGAAAAUACGUAAACUCCCGCAGUCGUUGGAUCGCGUUAAUGUUCGGAUCUGAGCGAUAUCGCCGCACCAAACAUUUCAAAAGAAUUACAAAGAGACAAGGCAGACAAAUUAGACGGACAGAUCGGCGUGUCCGGUGCACACAUCAUCAACACAUACUAUUAUAUACCAGAAAGUGUAUGAUGUAUUCUCUUUUUCUCCCUUACUGACAGACGCGAGAGUCAAUGUAUACAUCUUAUACAAAUCCUGCCGCCACGAAUAAAUUGUGUACCUGCCUAUUUGAGGAUUACUCUAUUUAUUUUUCUUCUUUUUUUUUUGUUUCUUUUGCCAAAAGAUCUUCAACACACGUGUAUAUUUGUACAGAAGUGUUAAUUGAUAAGCGAGCGCCGUUGUAAAAUGUGUAUAAUAGGUAAAAUAAACGAGUCUGUAAACAAUUGUAAAUAAUACGUUGUAAAGUAUUGUGUGCGUAUGUAUAUUCUCGCAUAUUUUAUCAUUAUUUUCUCUUCCCCACCCCCAAUUCUCCCCACGACUGUAUACAGAAAGAUUGCAUGUGUAAAUAUUAAAUAAAUUUGAUAUGGCAAUCA